AUGUUCGUAGUCGACUAGUCGAUAUCCAACGCCCAAUUGAAGUGUAACAAAGGUUGAAGGGACGUUUUGAAUGUUGGCAUUGACUUGUUUAUAGUAAUUGUAAGUUGUUUAGUUAAUAUUUUUUUGUGUUUUAGGAGAGAAGAAAAGAUAUUUUUGCAAAACGUCCCUUGAUCCCUUGAGUUUGAAGAGUAAAACGAAAGCAGUAAAACGAAAGAAAAUUUUUUGUGAUUCCAUAUUUAUCGCAAAUUAAAUUUGAAGUAUGACGUUUUUAACCUUGAUCUGCUUUUAGACAUUGGAAUGGAUCCCGGAUACCAUGCUCCCUUCGAGCAUCGACAAUUGCACCAAGUGCAACUUAAUCCUCAGUGGCCCUCGGCGGACGAAAUGUCUGAAACUGAUCUCAAUAACAUAAUGGCAUAUGAAACGAUGAAUCAACAAGGAAUUGUCGAAAAAGAAGACGAAGGGAUGGAGUUGGAUGCCAUGGAAGUGGAUGAAAAUCGAUUUGAUUAUGAGAAUAUCCCCGACUUCGACGUCUCAAUGGCAUUUCGGAAGCUUUGUUACGAUAAAUUAUGUGAGAUUUUGGAUUCUGUUUCUUAUUCUAUGUUAUUUAGAUUUUAAACUAACUAAAUCCUCAUUUCCAGUGAACCCAAUGAUCAAGUGGAAGGAAAAGUUGAAGGCAUUUGCUCAGUUAGUCAAAAUGGACCUCGAAGAUCACACUUCUUACUUUAUAUUGAGGAAUUCUGAUAUUGUUCUUCAAGUAGGUAUAGAUCAAUUUGGAAGUGUCGCAGCGUGUUUCAUUUCUUGGUUUGGAGCUCCUUUACGGCCCAACGAACAGGUUCGGCAACUUAUUCUUCAAGAUAGAUGGUUGACGAUUUUACGGGCAUUGAAGUUGAUGAAUAAUUUGAUUCCACAUUCUAUUAUAUUGUAAGUUCUUUACAUUUUUGUUUUUCUUUAGGUAGAAUGAAGAUAUCUGGUAUGAAAUAUUUAGCAGAAGGUUAAGGCAUUGCCCGAAGACGUUUUACAUUUGUUGGCUGGACAUUAGAACUCCGCAAAAGAUUAGUUUUUUUGAAAAUGAAUUUGACAUCAUGUGUACAAUGUAAUUCUUUCAGAAACGACCGAGUUGUUUGCUUAAACGCUCUCCUCAUCAUCGAACAUGAUCUCACAUUGCUUUUCAAGAAAGAUAAACUGACUUUCCGCCUCCAUGAACCCGUCCAUUUCUGGCCUCGAUCUGAUCUCCAACCAUUUACGAUAUCAUUGGAUUGGAGGCCGGGGCAAUUCGAACCAAAUGAACUGGGGGUCAGAGGUGAUCGAUUUAUAUGCCAAUUGACGAUAGCUCCGACUACAUCAGUCCAAUUCACCUUUCCCACACAAUCCUGUCUGAAUGAAAAGCUGAAAUGGAUCCAAGUUUCUCAGUCCCGACCGGUCAAUGCUGCAUAUUGUUUGAGUUUUCCUAAAGCCAUCCCAGUCCAAGAAGGCCUCAUGAAGAAACUCCUGGACGUUGCGGGAGGAAUGGCCGUCGCAACGAAGACUAAUUGGUUCUCAGAAGCGGCCGAUGGGCUGGUCUGCAAGAGGAUUUCUUUUGGCGAGAGCAAGACCUUAUCCUUUAUAAUUGAAGCCAACCAAACCGAGGAGCAGACUGAUUUCCUCGUGAAGAAAAUCACAGUCUCAUCUCCACAAGGCGUUGUGGAAGUUUUAAACCUAUUGGUUGAGCAUAUCAAAAUGUUUGGACUGAUCAAAAACUUGUUCUCCAUCAAGGAUAAGAAGGAACUUGGAGUGAAAAGAGACAUGGCUUUGAAGCUGCAACUUGUUGAUUAUAAUCAGAUUCAUAUCGAAGUAGACUCAAAUAGCAUUAUCUAUGGAAAUGGUGGGGAUUUUUAUUAAGUUUAUAUAUUUUUUGUUUUAGUUGAUGUAACCGCAACUGGAGCCCAAUUAUCGUUGCAUUUGAAUAUUAAUUCGGCGCUAACUGGCCGACUUCUUGGGAAGGAUGUUCAAUUUCAUGUUGAUGGAGAGCAUCCGCAGGAAAUUUGUGGAUUUGAAAAAGAAUCAGAAGCCAAAAUUAAUGAGUAAGAUUUUUUGAACUUUUGUUUGAAAUUUAGGAAACAUGAAUAUUUUUAUUUAUGUUUUAGAGAUUGGAGUCUGGCAAAUCUUUUCCUCAACAUUUCCGAGCGCACAAGUUCAGAAUCGAAGUCAAUUUGCCAACGAUUACUCGAUCCAAUAACCGCCAGAGUGUUCCGAAAUCAUUACAAAAUGUCCUCCAGAUCUCGCCUCUUCCCAUUCCGCUUCUAUUUCCGGAUGUUAAGACUUUCACAGAAGAAGAUGGAGGCCGUCAAAAGAGGACUCCAGCAUUGCAACUUCAGAUGGCGACUUUUAUUUUUCAUGAAGAACUCGAAAAGCGGCCGAAAAGUGGAAAUUCACGAUGUGGAAAGCACACAACCGGUGGUAAUCCCUUCAACUUACACGAUGCUAAGAAGAAGGGAGACGAGAAGACGACGAACGAUAGGAAGGCACAGGAGAAGACGAAAGGAGUCAAAGAUUUCGGCCAAAUCUGUCAUCAGUAUGGCCAAGUACGAGAAAUCGGAAGGAUUUGUGGAACUCCAGAAGGCCCUGAAGUCGGGAAAUGUCACUCAACGGCAACCCAACGUGACAAGGAGAAGACGCGUGAACAUCCUGAAGAGAAGAACCGUGAAUAAUCCGCAAAAUGAAAAACGGAAAAAGAUCCAGAAGCAAUUUAAACCCAAAACUUUUGGCCUGUUUAUCUCAUGGAAACCGGCUGUCUCAUACAUGUUCCGGCGACAAGGACGAAGAUUUUUGUCCACAGUUUUCUCCAAAAGAAGAUUCAGGAUGAAUGUGAAUAGAUUUGGAAUCGAAAAAAUGCAUUCAAGUAGAUUGCCGGAUAUCAAGGAUAUGUUCAAAAAUAGUAAUAUCGAGAUGUAUAGGAGGAAAUUGCUUCAAAUGGAAGGUGCAAAGAUGCAGAAUCAAAUCAAAAAGGUAGGAAAGUUGGUUUUCUGGAGGUUUUUUUGGAAGUUUUAAGGAAAUUUUAUAUUGUAGUAUAUGAUAAUUAAAAUUUUGAUGAUUUUUUUGUUUAUGAUGGGUGUCUAGUAUAAUUUUGUGUAUUUUCAGCAAGAUCCUUACAGUCGAUACCCGGAUUUUACGAACAUGCCCCCUCCCCAGACCACCUCAAUCUUCCCCACCUCUCAAUUUCAACCAAUGGCACGGACGAAACUCGAAAUCCCGAUGAAUUAUCAAACCCAGGAUGAGGAAGACUCUUCAGACGAUAAUGAGACAGACCCGCCACCACCUCCGAAAGUCCCUGCCAACAACAAUCAGAUCUAUCAACCACAUUUAUUGGCCGCAAGAAAUGAAAGAUUGAACAAGAUAAAACAAGAUCAGAAGGAGAGGGAGCUGGAGCAACAGAAAUUGAAGGCCAGCCAACAGAAUCAGCUCCAAAGAGCGGCUCGGAUCAAUCAAAUUGGGCAGAGAUUGUCCCUGAAUGUAAGUAGAUUUACAGCUCAUGAAAAUUUUUACAUAUUAUUUUAGGCCGAACAAUCGGAAAACGCGUUAAAGUCGGCCAAAUUGGAGUCAGCAUCGCCCCCAAUUAAAGAAGAGGAUGAUGGGAGUAACGACCGACCCUUUUCAAGGCGGAUCAAGUCUGAAAUAGAUGAUAAAGACACGUCCCCAUCAUCAUCUUCAUCUUCCCAUGAUGACAACAGUCAGGAUUCAAACCUGCCCGAUGAAUCCAAUUUUCAAAAUCCACCGCAAUUGGAAAUGAACAAGGAGAAGAAACAAGAGAGAAAUUCGAAUUUUCCGUCACCUGAUUCGUCAACAAAUUCCCCACCGCCUUCAUUGGCCAAAAGCGAUGAGGAUUCCAAAUCUGGUCCUCCAUUACUGCAAAGCGAGUCGAAUUUCAAGAAGGAAGAGGAGUCUCGUAAGUUUUUAGAAUUAAAGAUGGGCGGAAAGGACUUUUGAAGACAGCAUGGCUCUAUUUUGUACUAAUUUAUAUUAUUUUAGCCAGACCUGUAAAGAAAGAAGAUGAAUAUAAGGAAAAGAAGGAAAAAGAAGCUAGAAAAGAGAAAGAUGAAAAGAAAAGGGACAAAAAGGAGAAGGAUGGAGUGAAAAAGGAUAGGGACAAGAGGGAUAGGAGGUUAUCCAUUGUCGAUUUGGAGGAAAAGAAAGAAAAGGCAAGUGCGAUAUACAAUUUUGUGAGAUAUAUAUUUUUGUAAUUUUGAUUCUGGAGUUUUCUAUGACGAAACUGUCGAGUAACUUGAACCUUUUUUAGUUAAGAAAAGACCGAGAUGACGCUUCAACUUCAUCAUCAUCCUCAAUAAAAUCCUCUCGAAUUGCGGUGAAACCUCUGAAGGAUAUGAAAAAAGAAGUGGUCAAAGACAAAACCAAGAAGUCAAAGGACCCCAGAGAUUACAAACUCCGAGAGCCAUCACCUGUUUUGACCAGAAAGAGGACAUCUCCAAUCCCGACCAAGAAAAGAGAUAGAGAAGAACCAAAAAAGAUCAGAAUCGAAGAGAAGCCAGGAGAAAAGUUGACAAAAACAAUCAAAACUGGAAGAGAGGAACCUAGAUCUGGAUUGAAACGUCCGGCAACUUCACAAUUGGACGAUAAAAAGAAGAAAUUAAGGAAAACAAGUGAUCGGACAACCGUGGAAAGGGAGAAGGAGAAGGUCGAACGGAAGGACUCAACGUCAAAUUCGGCAUUACAAGGUUAGUUUAGGGCUUUUCGAAUGGGUUAGUGGUGCGAUUGGUCCCUUUUUUUUGUGGGUUUUAUAAGAUUUGACCUAAAUUUUUAUUGCUUAAGAUGUCCUCGGAAAUAUGGGACGUCCCACCAUCAAUAGCCUGAGGAAUUUCAAAAUACCGAAAGUCGUGGAACCGGAUCCCAAACCAGAAUCAUCCGCCCCUCCUCCUCUGACAGCAGAGAAGAAGGAAAAACAAGAAACGGCAUCGGCUUCGACUUCAAGAGAUGAUCGAAGAGACGGUCCCAGAGAAGGCUCGAGGGACAGUUCCAGGGAUGGAUACAGAGAAUAUGGCCAGAAUUACUCGAAUCAUUCGACGGGCAAGAUGUUUUUUGGAAUGCCCAACUUUGGAGGAGCCAAUCGAACGGCGAGAAGAGGAUCAAUAAAGGGGAACAGUCAAGGAAGUUUCGACUCGGAAUCUUCAACUUAUAGAUCGAGGAAGGCACCGCCGACAGAACCAAUGAAAAGGUGGGGAAUUGGGGGAUUUUGUACAGGGUGGGCCACUCGAAACUGACCAGUUGUUUCUUUGAAUUUCUCCGCGGAGACUCCGCCGAUUUUUCCAAAAUUUAGAUUUUUCUGGAGUUGAGACCCGCCAUUUUCAACCGAAUUACUUUCAAGAAAAUAUAUUUUGAAUUGACCUUUCCAUGCCUUCUCAAAGUUUUGAAAAAUUAUUUUCAGGCCGAAACCGCUAAAACUUGGAAAUUUUUUGGAAUGAUUUUGAAAAAUUGGACAUUUUUCCGAGUUCUUGGGUGAAAUUUUCUUUGUUUUACCUCAGAUAGUUAUCAAAUAUUGUUUCAAAAACAAUUUUAUUUAACAAUCUGAUUAUUAAUGUUUCUAUCUGAGUUAUUAUGUCCACCUCCUCUCGCAUCACAAACUUGCAGUGCCUUUGAGAGUCAUGAGCAGUUAAAAUUACGUAUCGUGGAUACGUAAUUUUAAUUACGUAUCUGAGCUUCAAGAUGCCCCAGGCCUGACUCGAUAACCAUUGACGUCGAAUUUAACAAUCUUUUUGAAAUUUUUUUUUUUGAAUGUUUGUGCCCUGCUGGUAAUACAAACAACCCUCUUGUGGCUUUCAAUUUGCUUUAAACAAGUUUAAGGCGAACACUAGCAACUUUUUACUCCACGAUUUCCCCAAAAAAAAACCAAAAAUUUUCCAAGUCCGAGAAAGUCAAUUGAAAAUCAUUCCAAAAAUUUUAUAAGUUUUAGCGGUUUCGGCCCGAAAAUAAUUUUUCAAAACUUUGAAAAGGCAUGGAAAGGUUAGUUCAAAAUACGUUUUUUUGAAAUUCAGUCGGUUGAAAAUGGCGGGUCUCAGCUCCAGAAAAAUCUAAAUUUUAGAAAAAUCCGCAGAGCCUCCGCGGAGAAAUUCAAAGAAACAACUUGUCAGUUUCGAGUGGCCCACCCUGUAUAUUGUAGUAGGCAUUAACAGGGGAAGUACUCCAAGUGCGACGCUCAGAUUUUCUUUAAAUUUUGCACACACGUCGGGUAUGGACUAAAUAUCAAUUCCUGAAAGUUUUAGCUCGCGUUUUGCGGGCGCCGCCGAGAUAUCGAACGAUUUUUGCCGCCGAGAGAGUACGCUAAACGUGGAGAGCGGUCAGAGAGAAAAGCGCUUUUUGGCCAUAAUUUUGGCAGUUUCGUGCGGAAAAAUUUGAUUUUUUGUAGAAACGUUAUCCUUUACGGUUGAAAUAGGCAUGAAACUUUUCGUGCCGAAAUUCGGUAAAAAGUCCUAAAUUUUUGCCGACUUUCGAUCUAAAAAUCUCGGUUGUUUCAGCAAAGCGCGAGCAAGGAUUCUCACAUAUAUUUUAGAAAAAUUUGAUCUAAAUUUGUGACAAGUUUCAUCAAAAUCUGAGCGUCGCACUUGGGGUACUUCCCCUGUAAAUAGUAAAAAUUGAGUUUUUUGUAUUCAAUUUGAGAGUUUUUGGUGUGGGAGGUGAGAAGAGAAGAAAGGUUGAAGCAUUUUUUAUUAUUUGAUCUCUUUCAGCCCGACCUUUUCCAGAAGUUCCACCAGCAGCACGGUAGUCGGUCCAUAUGUCCGAGAUAAACCCCCAAAUUCGACGACUCAAUUAGGACGGUUUUACAACCCAAGUCAACAAAAAGAAAAGCCCGUUCCCACCCAUCCAGCACCCUUUCAUCAAGCAGCAUUGGUCCAAGAAAAAUACGACCGAGAUUUCCGGGAUCAGCGGGACAACAGCCCAAUUGAUGGCCUCCAAAUUGAUGAAGGCUAG